AUGGUCCUGCUGUUUCACGGUGCGAACAAGGACGCACGGGACAGCAUUGGGAGGAUGGUUUUGCGGACAGCCGCCACAUGUGGUGAAGCAGCUGUCGUGAACCUGCUGUUGCGGUUGGGGACAGACCGGUCUGCUGCCACCUACGGUGGUAGAAUGGAAAACACAUUUAACAAUAUGUCUACAGUUCAGAACAAGUUGCUGAGAAUUAAUGUCAACUUAUUUGACAACACAGCUGAAACAAUUUCAUCUGAUACAAUUAUCAGUGAAUACUCUAGGCUGCAGCACCACAUCGCAGAAGCUGCCAGUGGUGGUUUGCACGUACCAGUUGUCAAGGCUGUGACUGUGCAGCACUUCAUUUGUUGGGGGUACACGGACGAGGUCCCAGAAAGGAAGGGAAAUGCGGCAAAGCCACAGGCACCUGCAGAGACAUGUAAGCCCCCUCUCCUUAAGGAGGCUUGUGAAGACCAGAGUCCAGGGUUUUACAUUGGAGGAUGGCAGAGUUGUCACAAAGGGGGGACACAUGAAGCUGCCAAGUAUGGAAACUUGGCUGAACUGUUAGAGAUCCUGCAACAUGGAAUGGACAUCAACAGCCAGUGUGGAAAUGGCUACACUGCAAUUCACAGAAUGGCGAAGUGUGGCGACACCUCAGCUGUAAACUGGCUGCUGGAGUCAGGUGCCAAUGUCACUGUGUGGAGUGACUGGCAGCAGACCACCCUCCAGGUAGCAGCAGCAUACGGCAGACAGGGUGUCGUGAUGGUCCUGCUGUUUCACGGUGCGGACAAAGACGCGUGGGACGGCUGUGGGCAGACUGCUUUGCAGAUUGCCGCCAGAUGUGGUGAAGCAGCUGUCUUAAACCUGCUGUUGUGGUUGGGGACAGACCAGUCUGCUGCCGGCUACGCUAGGCUGCAGCACCACAUCGCAGAAGCUGCCAGUGGUGGUUUGCACGUACCAGUUGUCAAGGCUGUGACUGUGCAGCACUUCAUUUGUUGGGGGUACACGGACGAGGUCCCAGAAAGGAAGGGAAAUGCGGCAAAGCCACAGGCACCUGCAGAGACGUGUAAGCCCCCUCUCCUUAAGGAGGCUUGUGAAGACCAGAGUCCAGGGUUUUACAUUGGAGGAUGGCAGAGAGAAGAGGAGCGUCCUGCACUUGUCACUGCCACAAAGCAACGCAUCAUGGAGAAUCGAAUGCAGGAAGCUGCAGAGAACGGAAACUUUGCCGAACUGGCGAAGAUCCUCACACAGGGAAUACACGUCGACAGCCAGUGUGAAAAUGGCUACACCGCACUGUGUAGGGGGGAGGGGGUGAAGGCUGGCGACAUCGUGCAUCAUGGCCGUAAACUACCUGCCGGGGUCGGGUGCCGAUGCCACGACAAAGACGCGUGGGAUGGCUGUGGGCAGACGGCUUUGCAGAUUGCCGCCACAUAUGGUGAAGCAGCUGUUGUGAACCUGCUGUUGCAGUUGGGGAUGGACAGGUCUGCUCCCAGCUAUGGUGGUAGAAUGGAAAACACAUUUAACAAUCUGUCUACAGUUCAGAACAAGUUGCUGAGAAUUAAUGUCAACCUAUUUGACAACACAGCUGAAACAAUUUCAUCUGAUACAAUUAUCAGUGAAUACUCUAGGCUGCCGCACCACAUCGCAGAAGCUGCCAGUGGUGGUUUGCACGUACCAGUUGUCAAGGCUGUGACUGUGCAGCACUUCAUUUGUUGGGGGUACACGGUCGAGGUCCCAGAAAGGAAGGGAAAUGUGGCAAAGCCACAGGCACCUGCAGAGACAUGUAAGCCCCCUCCCCUUAAGGAGGCUUGUGAAGACCAGUCGGUCCAGGGUUUUACAUUGGAGGAUGGCAGAGUGUGUGGUGCUGACAUCGCAGCACGAAACCAACUCAAGAGUAAAAACAUGAGUUGCUCGACUUAUGAUCUCCCAGAAGAUCUUAUUAACCAAGUCGACAAAGGAAGACCAAGAGAAACUGGAGAGGCUUCAACUUCUUCAGUUAACGCAAUUGAUGAUCCUGGAGACUUCUUACAUGAUUUUGAAAUUUAG